CGAAACUUUAAGUUUUAGCUGUGAGUCGUCGUCCGGCUGUUUGAAAUAACAUUUAUUUAAUAACUAAACGAGAAGAAUGCAACAAAGCGAGGAUGUCAAGGAUGAUGAUCUGCCGGCAAAUACGCUGGAGCACUUUGCCGAACUGGACCAGGUGCUCUUGCUGAUCGACAGCAUGAAGCCCAUACAGGACGGCGCCUUUGAGCGCGAGUUUGAGCAAUAUACGGAGCUGUUGUCCCGCUACCAGGAGCAGCCACAUCUGCUGGAUCCACAUCUGGAGCUGCUGUUGACGCGCCUGCUGGGCAAAAUACGCCAAGCGGAUUUGCCGGCCGGCGAACGCGAUGCCGCUUUCAAGUAUUUGUAUAUCAUUAGCAAGGUGCGCACCUACAAGGUGCUCGUCAAGUUUAUGCCGCACGAGCUGAGCGACUUGGAGUUUGUGCUUCAGUUGCUGGGCCAGCAGGAUCCCAAGGAGUUCAGCAACUGGGAGACGCGCUACAUGCUCUUGCUCUGGAUGUCCAUACUCGUGUUGAAUCCCUUUCACAUGGCCCGUCUGGAUGCCUAUGAGCAAGCAGCUCCGGCACCCGCCAACAACUGCGUGCUGAGCAACCACGCCAGCCCAACGCAGACUGUUGUCACAGCCAUGCCCAAAAUGGAGCGCAUAUUUGAGCUGUGCAAGCUGUACGCCUCCACGAAUGACACCUGCAGCAACAUGGCCGCCUUCCUGGCGGCCAAGUACUUUGUGCGCGCCGACAUCAAGGACUUGUAUUUGGAGCGCUUCCUCGACUGGAUCAUUGAGCAGCAUCAGGCGGACACACUGCAGGUCAAGUUCGGCCAGCUUGCUGCCGUUGCGGCCAUACUGAAGCACGGCAAGCGCGAGGAUCUGCUGCCAUAUGCCGACAAGCUGCUCCAAUGGAUUGUCGGCUGUCAGUACAAGGAUGUCAAUGAUUUUCUCAAAUACAAGUACUAUGUUAAGAUUGUGCAGCGUCUGGGCCUGGUGCAUCUGAAGCCGCGCAUUGCCAGCUGGCGCUACAAACGCGGCACACGCUCGCUGGCCACCAAUUUGGGCCAUCAGUCGAGCGCUGCAGGGGAUUCAGUGACGGGCAAUAUGGAGACCGAGGAGGACGUCGCUGGUGAGGAGAUAAUUGUGCCCGAUUCCAUCGAGGAGGUAAUUGAGGAGCUGCUGCAAGCCCUGCGCAGCGGUGGCAACGAUAUACGCUGGAGCGCAGCUAAAGGUCUGGGCCGUGUAACCAAUCGCUUGCCCAAGGAGCUAGCCGAUGAGGUUAUUGGCUCGGUCAUUGACAUACUCAAUCCACUGGAGCCGCAUGAGGCCUGGCACGGCGGCUGCCUGGCCAUUGCGGAGCUGGCCAAGCGUGGCCUGCUCUUGCCCUAUCGCCUACACGAGCUGGUGCCGCUGCUGAUGCAGGCGCUCUUCUACGACGAGAUGAAGGGCUACAUGUCCGUGGGCCAGCACAUACGUGAUUCCGCCUGCUACAUGUGCUGGGCCUUUGCGCGCGCCUACAAUCCGGACGAUCUGAAGCCGUUUGUGCAGCUGAUCUCCUCGGGACUGCUCACCGUUGCCGUGUUUGACCGCGAGAUUAACUGUCGACGUGCUGCGUCUGCUGCUUUCCAGGAGAGCGUCGGCCGUCUGGGCAACUUUCCUUACGGCAUUGAGAUCUCUACGACCACGGACUUUUACUCCGUGGGCAUACGCCAUAAUUCCUAUUUGUCCAUCAGCGACUUUAUCGCCCAGUUUGAGGAAUACCGCCAGCCGCUAAUUGAUCAUCUGGUGCAACGCAAGGUGGGCCACUGGGACUCGGCAAUACGUGAACUUACCGCCAAGGCGCUGCACAAGCUCACAUAUCGUGCGCCGGAGUACAUGGCUGCUGUGGUUAUGCCCCAGCUGUUGGCCAAGACCGACACGAUUGAUGUGAACGCUCGGCAUGGCUGUGUUCUGGCCAUGGGCGAGAUUACCCUGGCGCUGCGUCAGCUGGAAAUGGCGCCGGAUUCGAAUACCGUAUAUCUGUCCAAUCAGCGCAUUGCCGAGCUGAACGAGCUGGUGAAAACAUUCCUGGAGCGCAACUUCUAUCGCGGCAUGAGCGGCGAACUCAUGAAGUUCUGCACCGCCAGCUUUAUACGCAACUGCAGCGUCGCCCAGCUGCCAGUCAACACCGAGUGCCUAGCCAGCUGGCAGCAGGUGAUCGACAUUGGCCUGGUCACCAAGUCCAGCAGCAUACGAGACGCAGCUGUGGAGGCAUUUGCGGAGCUAUCGAGCGCCUACUACUGCCUGGAGUCGCGGCACGCUGAAAACGAACGCAUUAUCACGGCGUAUCUGAAGGGCGCCGACAACGAUCUGGAGGAGCACAUGCGCAUGGGCUAUUUGGCUGCAUUGGGUGUGCUGCCUGCCUUGAUGUUGCGCCAGCAUCUGAAUGCCGUCUUGGAUAAUCUGGUGAAGCAUGCGCUGGCACCGCAGGGGGCGUACGAUGAUCACGAGAAUGUGCAGACCUACAGAUGGAGCGAGGCGCGCACGCAAAGCGUUCGGGCGCUGAGCAAAGUGGUGCACACCGUUGGCUACGAUGCGGCCGUUCAGGAUUCCUUUGCAGAGCGCCAACACUUCAAUAAAGUUGUUGAGUGUCUGCUGCAGGCGAUGGAUGAGUACACGCUGGACAAUCGCGGCGACAUUGGCGCCUGGGUGCGCGAGGCGGCCAUGCAGGCGCUCUACGAACUGGCCACACAGUGUCCCAGGGAUAUGUUGACCCCACAGCAGGUGCACCAGAUUGUGGUUGGCUUCAUGCAGCAGGCGGUGGAGAAAAUCGAUCGUACACGCGGCCUGGCCGGACGUCUCUGCUGCAAGCUGAUACACGCCCAGCCAGCCAUACCACAUAUACGCGCCCACGGGCGUCUACUCGAGAUAUUCCCUAGUGAUGAUAAGUCCGUUCUCUGGCUGUUCGCCGAUCAUACAUUCCCCCUAUUUUGUGAGCUGCUCGCUCUGCCUGACUACUCCAAGCGCGUCUUGCUGGGACUGACGGCCAGCAUUGGACAGCUCACCGAAUCUCUGAUCAAAUAUGCUUCGUCUGCACUUUUCCAGUUUCUGCGUUCCAAUGUGGAUAUGGUGCCGCGUUUGUGCGCGGAGAUUGUGCAGCUCUUUGAGGGGCACCUCCUGAACGAACGCGUCACGUAUCCAAUGCUCAGUUUCUUGGAAAUACUUAUCGGCUCGGGCAGCAUUGAGGCGGUUCUGCAUGAUGAAUCCAAUCCGUUUGCUGAGGACAUUUAUCGUCUGCUCAAUCUGGAGGUUAAGGGCUAUAAGAAGCUGUAUAAGACCGCAACCAGCAUUAGCACCUUUUGUCAGCUGAUCCAGGUGCCCAGGCUCAGCAAGCGCGUGCUCUCCAAAAUGUCAGUAUUCCUGGGCCUGCAGCAUGUCCAUGUGCGCAAGACGGCAGCGACCAAACUAUAUGAAGCCUUGGCUCUGCACGGCGAUGUAACCGAAAUACCCGAAGAGAAUAUGGAUGAAAUCCUAACCUUGCUAUCGGAAACGGACUGGACCCUGCCCCUGGUCGAAGUGCGUCCACUGCGCAAUGAGCUAUGUAAUCUGAUGGGCAUUAAGCCACCCGUUAGCGGUGCAGCAGCUGCUGCCAACAAGCAAGAAAUUGUGGCAGAUAAAUAGAUGAAGUUUAACUAAUGUACUUUGACUUAACUGUUUCACAAAAAAUAUAUAACUUAUUAUUUCCAAGCACAAAAUAAAACAAAAACGAAAUUUGCUUGAAAUUUAAAUUCGAAUUCGAAUUUGAAAUGUGAAAUGAAA